AUGCUGGAGAGCCUGGUUGGGUGCAGGGAGAUGAGGCUCCGGCAGCGCGCCGCGAAGGUCUCCGACAAGGAGGUCUCCCUGUGGAAGGUGGAGGAUAUAUGUCAGAUGGCGCGCUACGACAACGACAUUGUGGGCCCUGUCAUUCCUGUCCGGGCCGUGCUGUUCGGUAAAACCAUCUCUGUGUACCAGAUUGACCGUAGUCACAAGUCGGAGGACGGUGACCACACGAUCAUUGAGGCGGAACACUUGAUUGGGAAGAUCAACACCGCCACGGUGACAAGCAUGUCGGAGAAGCUGUCCAAAUACCACCGUCACACGGACGCGACCACGCGACAGGCGCCAUUGCGGGGAAAAUGUCUUAUACUGCGCCGCAAGGAGGGAUUGCCGCUGAUUCAGGAGGACCCGGUGUUGCAGCUGUCGCGCCAGCAGCGGCGUCAGCAACGCAAGCAGCAGGUAGAGGAAAAUAAGGUAGAAGCGAGUAAGCACCGCCACCACCACGUUCACAGUCACCACGUGGAUGACAAAGGGGCCAGUGGGGGCUUUGAGGUUGGUCGUGGCAGGGCUCAGAGAGGUGACAUCUACAGUGAUGAAAACGGUGUCAUGCAGGCGGGGGGGUUGGACCUCGAUGAGGUGGACGACGAGAAGGAGUGCUUUGACACGUGGGAGGCGGUGCUGUUUAAGUUUCCCACGCGGCGGGAGCUGGAGCGUUGGUACAACCUGCUUCAGGCCACCCCUCAGUCCGAGGAGUGGCGCGUGUUUAUUAAUCAUCUGCCCUCCGUUGAUGUGUUUAACCUCGUUGUGGCCCGCCUAUUCUUUGAAAACACACGAACCAGCGGACUACAGGAUCUCCUAAUUGCCAAAAUACGCCGAAAGCUGCGACGUGUGUCCCGCAAACUCCCAAAGCACAUCCAUGGAGAAAUUCUGCUGGAUCAACUUGAGCUCGGUGGCGAGAUUCCGUUGAUUCGUGGGGUUGGCGAGCCGAGCGUCUUCCCCACCGGGGAGGUGGAGCUGGACUUUGACUUUUUGUACCGCGGUGGGCUGAAGUUUAGCCUCCGCUUUGCCAUCACCUACCGCGGGGUGCGGGUGCCAAGUAUUAUAUUCAACAUCAAGAUACUUGAGCUUUCCAGUCACAUGCGGCUGAGGGUUGGGCCACCGCCGUCCUCCAAAAUUUGGGUUGGAGGCCCACGCCCGCCGCAGCUUCGACUGGAGUUCACCCAAGAAGUCGCCUCGCACGAUGGAAUCCUGAACGCCGUGCUGAAGUUGAUGCCGGACAUGAGUGUCGUCAUGUCCAACGUCGUGAAGGUAAUGCUUUUUGAGGACAUGGUGCUGCCCUCCAUGGAGGACCUCCCGCUGCCCUGCUUUGGAUACUCCCCCCCGUCCUCAGAAGAGGGCUCGCCGCUGCUCGACAAGGAUGGUGUGAACUUUUUCGUGCAGGAGAGCGACGCGGUGCAGGGCCCGAAUUCCACCUUUUCUGCCACAGCUUUCGCACAUACAGAGGUCGACACCCUCAACACUUCCUCUGGUGAGGCGAUGAUCCCUGUGCUUUACGAUGACGAUAGGCCACUGCCGUCACUGUCCCCAAGCAGAGUGCCGUUCCAGGCGUUGCCGCAGGAGCUGGGGGCGGACCUGACUCAAAGCUUUGCGUCGUCCACGACACCCUUUUCCAUGAGGGAGUCAGAGUCGUCGUCGGGCGGGUCACGGCGUGGCACAGAUAACCUACCUCUUAAGGGGCUUGUGAAUCGGAUGAAGAAGCGGGUUAGCAAACUAUUGCAUCAGGGAGGAGAGAGAGAGCGGUGA